GGAACAGAAGUACCCAACCCUGGGGAAGAAAACUACGGGAACCCAUACGCGUCGCACAACAAGUGGCGCCACCAGGAAUCGACCGCCUUCUCCGAGUAUGCUUCGUACCGCCAGGGAGAGGCGCGGGCUGGCAGCGCCGACGGCAACGGCACGACGAGCGACCUGGCCAAUUUCAUAAACAAAUCGUCGCGCGUCGAGCCGCCGCGGACGAGCGACGGCCGCCCGGCCACCAACGGCCGUUACCGGCCCAUCAUGGUGGCGGCCGGACGCAGUGAGGGUGGCCAGCCCCCGGUGCCGGCACCCGAGGACGGACGCGCCUCCUCCGCCGACGGGCGCAAGAUCGUGUGCGGCCCGCUGCUCAACUACCGCCGCAUGGAGCGCGGCGCGUGGCACGGCAGCGUGCUGGUGGUGGUCGAGGGCGGCGGCGAGCGGGUGCUCUUCGAACCGUCGUUGAUCCUGCGCCGCGUCGGCGCCGUGGGCCAGCUCCGCCCGUCGGCCGAGAGCCGGGCCGCGGGGGCGGCGGACGACGAGGCGGGCGGGGCGCGCUUCCCAGCCCAGCGGCUGUACUCUGACCCGCGCAACACCUUCUGGUCCUUCGACGUGGACGUGCCCGUCGAGGCCGACGAGGUCAAGUACGACUACUUCCUGCCCGAGAUGAGCUUCUCGUCCGACCACAAGCCGCGCGUCAACUCCUUCUUCGUGCCGGCCGAGGACGAGUCCAUGCGCAUCAUGUUCCACUCCUGCAACGGUUUCAGCGUCGGCACUGACGAGGACGCCUGGAGCGGCGCCUGCCUCUGGAACGACGUCAUGCGCAAGCACGCCGUCAGGCCCUACCACGUCAUGCUCGGCGGCGGCGACCAGAUCUACAACGACGGCAUCCGCGUCAACGGCCCGCUGCGCCCCUGGACAGACAUCGCCAACCCGCACAAGCGUCGCGAGUACCCCUUCAACUCUGCCAUGCGCGCAGACUGCGACGACUACUACCUCAGGAACUAUAUCCGCUGGUACAACACCGAGCCCUUCUCGAGCGCCAAUGGCCAGAUCCCCCAGGUCAACAUCUGGGAUGACCACGAUAUCAUCGACGGCUUCGGCUCUUACAAUGACCACUUUAUGCGCUGCGACGUCUUUCGCGGUAUCGGCGGCGUUGCUCACAAGUACUACAUGCUUUUCCAGCACCAUCUCCCCCCGCCACCGUCGACUUACACAUCCGACGAAGCUUCGGCAGGGGCACACACCCAAGGCUACGACCCCAAACAGCAGAUCAACACGUUCGUCGCCCCGCCAAGGGAUGAUCCCAUGUACAUCAUCGGUCCUAAGCCAGGUCCGUACGUGGCUGAGCGGUCGUACAACAUCUUUACCCGGCUGGGAGCGCGCAUGGCUCUUGUCGGGCUUGACGCUCGUGUCGAGCGCACACGACACCAGAUCAACUACCCGGAGACGUACGACCUCGUCUUCAACCGACUACGCCAGGAGCUCGGCGCCGCCCGGGGAACCGACAAGGAAGUCAAGCACCUCAUUGUGCUGCUGGGUAUCCCCAUUGCGUACCCGCGUCUGACGUGGUUGGAAAACAUCCUGAGGAGCCCCCUGAUCGGCCCCGUCAAGUUCAUGGGCAAGCGGUUCGGCGUGGGGGGCGGCCUGUUCAACCAGUUUGACGGCUCGGUCGACCUCCUGGACGACCUGGACGACCACUACACGGCCAAGAUACACAAGGUGGAGCGCGCACACCUGGUGGAGAUGCUGCAGGCGAUCGCGGCUGAGUUCUCAGCGCGCGUGACCAUCCUGGGCGGCGACGUGCACCUGUCGGCCAUCGGGCGGUUCUACUCGAACCCCAAGCUCAAGAUCCCGGUGGAGGAGGACCCGCGGUACGUGACCAACGUCGUGUCGUCGGCCAUCGUCAACAAGCCCCCGCCGCAGGCCGUGGCCAAUCUGCUGGCGCGCCGCAACAAGAUCCACCACCUCAACGCCCACACGGACGAGACUCUCCUCGACUUCUUCGACCGGGACCCGGGUCCGACGGAGAGGACGGCCAGCUCGAACCACUGCACCAUGCCGAGCCGCAACUUUGCCAGUCUGACGGAGAACUCGCCCAACAACCAGCCUUCCCUGACGGUCAAUGCCAACGGCAACGGCAAUGCCAACGGCAACGGCAACGGCAAUGCCAACGGCCACGUCAACGGUACUGGGCGCGGCGCCACCAGUGGAAACCUCAGCGCCACGGCUCCCAACGGAAGCGAAGUGGCUACGGAUGGCGACGGCAACAGCAACAGCAACAGCAGGGAUGACUCCUUCCUCGGCCGCGACGGCCACUCGUUCCUCCACAGCGGAGAGGUCGGAUCGGGGACCAGGCACAAGGCCGCGUCGCAGGAGACGCACGGCUUCGGAAACGACGGCAGCCUAGACGUCCGCGUCAAUGUCGAGAUUGACCAGAGCGACCGAGAUGGACACACGAUGGGGUACGGCAUGACGGUGCCGCUGCUGUGGUACAAGCCCAGGGGUGGCACGGGUGUCAGCGCCGGUUCCGGUGCCCGUGCCAGUCCCGUGCCCCCUCCUUCGUCCUCGUCGGCCGCGGCCUCGGCGCCGCAUUAG